ACCAAACAAACCAUCGCAACACGAAGGAACGAAUGGCGUCCGGACCAGCAGCACUUGUAAAGAACAGCGAGCAGUGCGCCGCGUGAAAAGACAAAAAUGGCUCGUCGAAAUGUGUGGAGCGGCGAGGAAACGAUGGAGCUGCUCGAGAUAAUAAAGGAGCAUAACUUUAUGUACCUGUUUGCGACUGCCAGCCGUGGCCAGAAGGAGUACGAUGUGUACCGGAUGAUCGAGGAAGAGAUGCAAAAGAAUGGCUUUAACGGGAAGGACGCGGGACAGAUCUAUCACAAGUGGAAAAAUCUCAAGCGAGCGUUCUACCAAUCCAAGAAGCAAAACAAAGGCCGUGCGAUCUGUGAGUUUGCGGAAGAGUUAGCCGACAUACUGGAGAGACCGUGUGCACUGAAGCGCCGUGAACCGGAUCCUCCUGUGGAGCCAGUUGAGGGUGAACCUGCUCCGGUCAAGAAACGCAACAACGCACAGAUCAAAACGAUCCGCAGUCAGAUUGUUACCAAGCUCGCCAAAGCACAGAGCGAUAACAGUGAGGAGUUUGCCAAAAAGUGGAACGAUCUGAACGAUUACGAGUUUAAGCUGUACAAGCGGAAGGAAAAGGAGCAAACGGUCAUCGUGAAUCGCUUGCUGGAAGAUAGCAAGACGUCGCUCAUGACCCGGUGCAGAGACAUACUGGCUGGGCGGGCAAUGCUGAUCAAAGAAAUCGAGGAUGGUGACGAUGAGGAUGACGAGGAAGAUGAUGAGGAUCAUUUGAACGUAAUUGAAAUAGUCACGACGGACGUGGAGAUUGCACCGGGCGAAGAGGCAACGGUGAAGGAUUUUCAAAUGCAAUCCGGUUCGUCCGAGCUGAUUGAGUUUAUUUAAAGCGAUAUUCCAUUCAAUAUAUGACCUUUUUUCAUACAACAUUAAA